UCUCUCUUCCAUGCCUCUAUAUCUCUAUCUCUAUUUGUAUGCUUCUUUGUUUAUUUGACUCUCUCUCUCUCCCUUUUUAUAUCUCUUACAUCUUUAUAUAUCUAUCAUUUUAUCUCACCAUCCAUCUCUCCCUUUCCCUCUUUUCUGUACUCUUUCCCUCUAUCUCCUUCUAUUCACCAUCUCUUUUACUCCUCUUCUUCAUAAAACUUUAUAUCUAUAUUUAUUUACCCCCUCUUUCUCUUUCCAUAUUUCUUCUAUCUCUCUCUACCCCUAUAUCUCUCCCUCUUGAUCUCUUAUAUAACAAAUGUUUAAAAAAAAAACAUUGACAUUGCACACAUCCUCCGUGGUGCAAUGGCUGUAAUUAAGUAUUGCAUAUAUUAAUUACUACUAUCCUGGUGUUCAUAGACUCAUAAUUAACCUCGUUAGGGUUUCAUGAGGUGGGUUGCAUACAAUAAUAAAAGGAUCAUUAAUAUCGAUAAAAAGCGUAUCAGCUAGAGUCUGUAACCUCUAUUAAAUUUGCCUCGACUUUUAGGGGUUUGCCUGCGAGCUAAAAUAGCUUGCGUUUGUUUGUAUGUCCUGUUUGCCUAUUUCCAUCGCUUGCGUCCUUUGAUCGUUUCUUAUGCGGCCUCCUUCUGAAUGAAAUUGGUAAUGGCGGUUAUGACAAGAGAGCUAUGAAAUCUUGGAUGUAUGAAGCCAAUUUCUAUUUUUAUGCUUCACGAACUAGUUUAACCUUUAACUAUUUCUCAAUGGCUGCUAACCCUUAGUGGUUUUUACCAGUGGCAUUGUGUUAUUUCUUUUAACUAAGAAGGGGCGAGCCUUCAAGCAAUUAGUACUACUAGUUUCAAGCUGUUUCACCGCUCGCUACCUAUGGCAAUUCAAACCCUUUCAUUUUAAGGCAAUGGCUGUUAACCCUCCAUUCCUUUUACAAUCGGCAUUGGAGAUAUUUUGCAGCUUAAGUAAAUGUCGCUUUCCAAGAACACAUCACAGCAAGGGCCACAAUUGCGACAUUUUUGGGUGUUGUUAACGGUGUGUUGAUACUAUAAAGAGCAGAAACUCUGAUAAAAGCAUGACUGGCUCAGCGUACAUGAUUGACAGGAGUAUAGUGAGUUGGGAAGAAAAACAAGGGUGCAUAGAAGAAAAACCAGCAAGGAGGAAGCUCAAGUUAUCUUCAAUUUGUCACAUUGGAGCUGCAUUGUGUUUGGAUUUGAUGCAUCAAGAGUUGGAUAGGAAGAGUUUGCAGCUCAUUUCAAGCUUGUUGUAAGAGCAAACUUCACUUUAUUAUUUGCCUCAACUUCAAGUUUCACAAAACUAUCUUAAAAUGUCUACUUCAGCUUCUAGACUCCUCAUUAGAAAGGACCAUGCUUGGAAAUAUCAUGAGGAUUUUCCAGGGCAAAGAAAGGGGCAAACAAAAUGUACAUUUUGCAAAACAAUAUUCCAUGGAGGUAUAUAUAGACUGAAAUACCAUAUUGCUGGUGUGCGUGGACAUGAUGCCGAACCAUGCCUAAAAGCACUUCCUGAGGCCGUACGUGAAUGUUAUGUAAUUGUUGAGGAAAUUGAAAGGAAAAAGAAACAAAAGGAGGAUCGAGCGGCCAUUGGGAGAGAGGCAAAUUUAGGAAGAGGGACACAGUUAGGUUGUGUUGGAGGCCUUUCUUCCUUACCUUCAUAUCGUCCCACUCAGUUUGCUACUGCUGGUGCUUCCGCUUCUACUUCUAUAAGUGGCAGUGCCACCGCCACUUCUCAUGCUCCUAGCACUAGUAGUUGUAGUGGGAGUGUUAGCAUUGGACCUAGGAUUCGUAAAUCUAGGUUGGAUUCCUUCUUUGUGCCUCACACUACUCCUGGGUCCCAACAGUCGCUUGAGGGCAUGGGUUGGAACAAGGAGGUCCAUGAUGCUGCUAAAAUGGCAGUUGGUAGGUUUUGGACCUACAGCAGCAUUCCAUUCUUUGCAGCCAGGUCUCCUUAUUGGCAAGAAAUGGUUGAUGCCCUUACCAUAUGCGGGGCGGGGUUCAAAGCCCCUAGUGAGAGUGAUUUGAGCGGACCCAUUUUGUCUCAAAUGGUGGAUGAUGUGAAGAAGGAUUUAGAUGAACAACGCCAGAUAUGGAGCACUAAAGGUUGCACCAUCAUGAUUGAUGGUUGGAUGGAUAGGAGAAAUAGAACUCUCCUUAAUUUUCUUGUUUCUUCCGCAGGGGGCACCGUUUUCGUCAAGUCCAUUGAUGCCUCCGCCCAUUGCAAGAAUGCCACCUACCUAUGUGAGCAGAUAGAGGAGGUGAUUGAUGAGGUGGGUGAGGAGAACGUGGUACAGGUGGUAACCGACAAUGCAGCAAAUUAUGUUGCUGCGGGUAGACUAUUGAUGGAGAGGCACCCAUCUAUAGUUUGGACUCCAUGUGCUGCUCAUUGCAUUGACCUCAUGUUGGAGGAUAUUGGAAAAAUCCCAUGGGUCAAGAGAUGUGUAGAAAGGGCAAGAAAUGUGUGCAAAUUUGUAUAUAAUCACUCAUGGGUGUUGGCUCUUAUGAGACAAUACACAGAGCAGAAGGAGUUAACUCGUCCAAGAAUCACAAGAUUUGCCACAAAUUUCCUCACAUUGCAGUCCAUGGUUAGGUCUAAGUCUGCCUUGAGACGUAUGAUUGUUGGUGAGGAGUGGUAUUCCUCAUCCUAUGCUACCACCCCUGCAGGGAAAGAUAUGGCAGACUGCAUUUUUGAUGAGCAAGACUUUUGGGUCCCUUGUGAUGAGAUAGUGAAGUUUGUUAAGCCCUUGGUGGUUUUGUUGCGAGUUGCGGAUGGAGAAAAGCCCGCAAUGGGCUAUAUAUAUGAGGGCAUGGAUAGGGCGAAGGAGGGCAUCAAAUUUGUCUAUGGAGGAGAUGAGAGUAAGUAUGGUCCCAUUUGGGAGAUCAUUGAUAGGAGAUGGCAUCAUCAGCUUCAUAGGCCCAUCCAUGUAGCAGCCUAUUAUCUGAAUCCGGCAUUUCGUUUUAUCCCUUCUUUCAAGGCUGAUGUGAAGGUCCUUAAUGGGCUAUACUCAAUCAUGGAGAAGAUGGGACUUGCUGGUACUACUCAGAUAGAGCUUAUUCGAGAGCUACAGUUGUUCUCAGAUGCACAAGGGGAGAUCUUCUCUCGUCCUGUUGCCAAAGACGGUAGGACAACUAUGAUGCCAGCUCAUUGGUGGAGCUUUUUUGGCCCAACGACACCAAAUAUUCAGAAGUUGGCCAUUCGCAUCUUGAGCCAACCAUGCAGUGCAUCAGGUUGUGAGCGCAAUUGGAGUAUGUUUGAGCACAUACACUCCAAGAGGUGCGAUAGAUUAUCUGUGGAGAAGAUGAAUGAUCUUGUCUUUGUUCACUACAACCUUCGCCUGAGAAUGAGAAAGAAUGCAUUAGUUGACAUCUUCUCUCCUAUCAUUCUAGAUGAGGUUGAUCUUGAAGCAGAAUGGGCCAAUGAGAGUCAGACAGAUCCUGAGAUUCCUCUAGCUGUCUUUAGUGAUGAUGACAUUGAUUGGAUCGACCAGGUAGAUAUAGAGGCCGAGGCUAUAGCCAUGGCAGAGGAGGAGCAAAGAGCACGAGUAGAGACAGGAAAUACUGAGAGUGACACAACGGUUCCUGAUGUUGGUGAGCAUGGCAUGGUGUCACGGGGAGCGACUAUGGCUGCUAAAUCAUCCAGGACCUACCUUAAACGCCUUCGCAGGGGGCCAGGGCGAGAGGGUGCACGCUCCUUUGAGCCAUAGGUUACUUUACCUCUAAAGGCAAAUUUGCCUAGGUAUCUUACCAUAUUGAGAAAAUUGGUCCAAUUUCUGUAUUGGAUUGCCCAUGUGGUGGGUUGAGCCUUGCACCAUCGUAUUUUGGAGGUA